CGGUUGGUGGUGUUUGACUUCAUCGGCUUCGCGCUCUGCCCUUCUACCUCGAACACGAUGUCGGGACGCGGCAAGACCGGAGGCAAGGCCCGCGCCAAGGCCAAGUCCCGCUCGUCGCGCGCCGGCCUGCAGUUCCCGGUAGGCCGUGUGCACCGGCUGCUGCGGAAAGGCCACUAUGCCGAGCGCGUGGGCGCAGGCGCGCCCGUGUACCUGGCGGCCGUGCUGGAGUACCUCACCGCCGAGAUCCUGGAGCUGGCGGGCAACGCGGCCCGCGACAACAAGAAGACGCGCAUCAUCCCGCGCCACCUGCAGCUGGCCAUCCGCAACGACGAGGAGCUCAACAAGCUGCUGGGCGGCGUGACGAUCGCGCAGGGCGGCGUCCUGCCCAACAUCCAGGCCGUGCUGCUGCCCAAGAAGACCAGCGCCACCGUGGGCCCCAAGGCGCCGGCGGGCGGCAAGAAGGCCACGCAGGCCUCCCAGGAGUACUGAGGGAGCCCGCGCCGUGGCCGCCCAGCCCUCCCCACACCUCCACAAAGGCCCUUUUCAGGGCCACCACCUCCCUCACAGAAAGAGCUGAGCCACUGAGGGCCGGGCCGCCGCGUCCCCGUCCUACCCCCUUUCUCUGCCCUCGCGCGUUUUCUGCCUCCCCUUCCCUGCACGGCCUCUGGGUCAACCACGGAGGACACUGGCGCCACGGCGCCUGCCCACCCCGGAGCUUCGCCGGUCUCGUCUCGGUCUUCGAUGGGCCGCGCGGAGAGGCUGCGACACCUUCCAGAAGUCUCGGCCUUUUGCUGUGGCGGACGGCCGAAAUGGGCCUGAAGGCCGGUGUGUGGUGUGGCUGGGACAAAAUCACGAAUAGGAACCGAUUUUCUCCAGGAUGCUUCCUGGAACGGGACUGGGAGACGCUUACAGGCCUAUGGACAGAAGACCUGUGUUCCUGCCGCAGGAGACUGGCAGCCGGGCCUAGCCAUUCCCUUUUCUCCCCGGCGACUCACCUCACGACCCGAACACCUAGAUACCAGCACAUGUCAAUGAAACCCUGUAUGGACUGAGCCUCUCUUGGUUUCUGAACUGGAAUUUUGCAGCUAUCCCUUAGGUAGUGGGGAGUUUCAAUGGGCUAAUUUUAUUAAAGGAUUGUUUGGUUUUU